AUGGUAGAUUGUAGCCAAACGGCUGAUACACAGCUGAAAAAGCUCGUGUAUUUGUACUUGAUUUGCUAUGCAAAGAGUAAUCCAUACCUCACGAUUUUGGCCGUGAAUACGUUUGUUAAAGACGCGGCAGAUUCUAAUCCACUUGUUCGAACGCUAUCGGUCCGUACCAUGGGCUGUAUUCGUGUGGACCGCAUUAUAGAGUAUCUGUGUGAACCUCUACGUCGUUUCUUGAAGGAUGAAGACCCGUACGUACGGAAGACGGCGGCCAUCUGUGUUUCCAAGCUCUAUGACAUUAAUUCGGAUAGAGUAGAGGUACAAGGCUUUUUCGAUAUGUUACGAGACCUUAUUUCAGACUCAAAUCCAACGGUAGUGGCCAAUGCCAUUGCAGCUUUGUCCGAAAUCUCAGAGAACAGUGCAGGAGUAACGGCUUUCAAGAUUACCAAGUCCGUGUUGCAAAAACUAUUGGCGGCACUCAAUGAGUGCAAUGAGUGGGGACAGGUCUUUGUGCUCGAUGCUUUGGCAGGAUAUAUGCCCGCGGACUCUCGCGAGGCAGAAGGGAUUAUUGAACGGGUGACGUCACGUCUCCAGCAUGCUAACUCGGCCGUAGUGCUUUCGGCAGUCAAGGUCAUGAUGACAUUCCUCGAGAAAGUCUCGGAAGCUGAUACGGAAUGCAGUCUGUCGCGUAAGAUGGCUCCUCUGCUCGUGACGCUGCUGUCAGCUGAGCCUGAGAUCCAGUACGUGGCUCUGCGUAAUAUCAAUCUGAUUGUGCAGAAACGUCCAGCAAUCUUGACGAACGAGAUGAAGCUGUUCUUCUGCAACGCAAACAUUGAACAGGUGCUGCUUGAGUUCAAGGAAUACGCCACUGAGGUGGAUGUGGAAUUUGUGCGCCGUUCGGUACGUGCGAUUGGUCGAUGUGCUGUUAAGCUUGAACGUGCUGCGGAGAAGUGCAUCAAUGUGCUGCUGGAGCUUAUUCAGACCAAGGUCGACUACAUCGUACAGGAGGCUAUCUUUGUGAUCAAGGAUAUCUUCCGCAAGUAUCCAAACCAGUACGAGAGCAUUAUUGCUACCCUAUGCGAGAACCUGGAUACAUUGGACGAGCCCGAGUCGAAGGAAUCAAUGAUUUGGAUUACGGCGAGUAUGUCGAGCGUAUCGACAACGAGACGAUCUCUUAAAGUCGCUCAUGGACUCUUUCAAUAA